GGCUACAAGAAGGCGGUCUCUUAGCAGGCCCAAAAUCUUCACAUCCUCUCGGCUAUGCCCCAAUUUCCGAGAUCGGAGAUCGCUUUGCAGCACUAGAACGGUCGAAGCAAUGUUCCGAGCUUUGGAACUAUCGCCGCCGUGCCCGGCGGCGAAGCAUAGUCUCGUUCACGCACGGCCAAGUGACGUUAAACUUCGCCGACCCCAACCUUACAAUCUCAGGCUACCGAAUCGUCGACUUUCUUUGCUUUCUGUGCGAGCACAAUCGCUAUCGUCAUCGCCGUCUGAUCCAUCGACUUCAUUGCGUUAUACGGAAACUAUUGGACAUUCUUCUCCGGCAUAUGUUCAAUUCUCUCAGUGCACACUAACUCAACGCCACGUCCUUGUUCUUAAUGUCGUUGCCUGCGCGACGGCUAUUGCUGCAACCUGGCUCUUUUGUUCUGCAAUUCCCACUCUCCUGGCAUUCAAGAGAGCAGCCGAAUCAUUAGAGAAGCUCAUGGAUGUCACAAGGGAGGAACUUCCAGGCACUAUGGCAGCCAUUCGGUUAUCUGGCAUGGAAAUUAGUGAUCUGACCAUGGAGCUCAGUGAUCUUGGCCAGGAUAUCACCCAAGGUGUGAGAAGUUCCACUAGAGCUGUUCGAGUAGCAGAAGAGAGAUUGCGUAGCUUGACAAACAUGACUCCAACAGCCAAAGUGCAGGAAAUGACAGUAGCCAAUCUGGGAGUGGUGGAGGCAGCAGAGCCGGUUCUGGCUAAACGGGCAAGAGACAUCAAGGGGGGGAUUGUGAAAGGCCGUUCCAUCUUUCAAUUAUUUCUCUCCCUCACAAGGUUCUCUCGGCUCGCCUUGAAUCAUUUUAGCAAACGAGGUAAGAAGAAGUAGAGUACAAAGUUGAAGAUAUCAGUGGGAGCAAACUUAAAUUUUGAUGGCUGUAAGUAAUUUCCUUUCAUGAUUUUGAGUUGACAAGUUCAUGAUUUUCCUAAAAGAAUUGAUCUCAAGGUUUUAGCUUGUGAUAGCAUCGGGUGUCUUAAA